UCCAUUUCCCGGCAUGCUCGGCGGAGCAGGCUCACUGUGACAGGAGCCGCAGUGGGUCAUUGCGGCGCAGCAGCUCGGCCAGGUAACGCGGUGACCAUGGAUAACUCAGGCAAGGAGCGGGAGGCCGUGCAGCUGAUGGCCGACGCUGAGAAGCGGGUGAAGUCCUCGCAGUCCUUCCUGAGGGGUCUGUUCGGUAGCAACAAUAAGGUUGAAGAAGCAUGUGAAAUGUAUGCCAGAGCAGCAAAUAUGUUCAAGAUGGUGAAAAAUUGGAGUGCUGCAGGAAAUGCAUUUUGCCAGGCAGCCAAAUUACACAUGCAACUGCAAAGCAAGCACGAUGCUGCCACGAGUUUUGUAGAUGCUGGUAAUGCGUUCAAGAAAGCAGACCCUCAAGAAGCCAUCAACUGCUUAAAUGCAGCCAUCGAUAUUUACACAGACAUGGGAAGAUUUACUAUUGCUGCAAAACAUCACAUUACAAUUGCAGAAAUCUAUGAGACAGAGCUGGUAGACAUUGAAAAGGCUGUUGCACAUUAUGAACAAUCAGCAGAUUACUAUAAAGGAGAAGAAUCUAACAGCUCUGCUAACAAGUGUCUACUAAAAGUAGCUGGGUAUGCAGCACAGCUGGAGCAGUAUCCAAGAGCAAUUGAAAUAUAUGAACAGGUUGGUACUAGUGCAAUGGACAAUCCAAUGCUAAAGUACGGUGCUAAAGAAUAUUUCUUCAAAGCUGCCCUCUGCCAUUUCAUUGUAGACGAACUGAAUGCAAAGCUUGCUGUGGAGAAAUAUGAAGAAAUGUUUCCGGCUUUUUCAGAUUCCAGAGAAUGCAAGCUCCUGAAGAAAUUAUUAGAAGCUCAUGAAGAACAGAAUGCUGAUGCAUAUACCGAAGCAGUGAAGGAGUUUGAUUCAAUAUCUCGUUUGGAUCAGUGGCUUACUACCAUGUUACUUCGUAUAAAGAAAUCAUUUCAAUGCGAUGGCGAUGGCGACGGCGACCUUAAAUAAAGUGGGGACAAGUGUACUGAUCCUCCCGUCUCUCCACUCCCUCUCAUCUUCCACUCUCCUUGUUUCUUGCAAAUAUUUAUUUUGCAUUUCCAAUGGCACUAAACCUGGUAACACUCAUUAACACUCAUUGUUAACAUUUACAUCACAUGUAUACUUUAAAAAGUGAAUUCGACUUUAAUAUGGAACAGGCCAAUUUUUUUUUAAUUUUUAUUUUUAAACCUUUAUUUUAACCAAUAUCAACUAUAUUGAUAUAUUAAAUUAGCAAUAUCCUCUGUGCUAAUAAUCUUACCUGCCAAUCAAAAAGUGCUAAAAUACAGUGAUGACCGUAGUUAAAAUAGAGCUAAAUCACUAUAUGUAGACACAUUUCCUGGCUAUGCAAAUCCAACCUAUGCUGUUUAUUAAAAAAUGGUCUUACACUUAUGGGCAAGUUCCCUGUUUUUGAACAUUCCAACCUCCAAGAAAUACCGUUCUCAAUUGGCUCAUGCAGUGUUAAUGACCCGACUCUGUCUUCACCUCCAAUUAUAUACCACCACUGUAGAGUGUAGAUGGAAACUUGUGUAUCAUGUUGAAUUAGAUACAAUGAAACUUCGGUAUUCUAAAAUAAUUGGCUUUUUGAAGCUGUUGUAGAUGUAAUGAAAAAGAGACAUGAGCAAGCCUGCAUCGUACAUGUUUUCUUAUUUAUUUGGUAUUAUCCCUAACCUGAAAGCCUCCACACAGUCUAUUGAUCUAGGCUAGGCAAAUAGUUCAUAUGCAUGCUGUCAUUAGAUCUCUAUUGUAUUGAUAGAUUGUGACAGCAGAUUGCCAAAUUGAACAUUUGCUAAUACCUACAGAUAAUCUCUGCUCUCAUUGAGUUUGGAAAUUCUAUGUGAGAGCUGGGUCAUUUAAUUGCACUUAAAUAAAACCUAGUAUUUUAUGGCUCAAUUGAUUCCGAAUUGAGCAGUUGCAUACUUCUGAUAACAAGCAGGGCAGCCAUAUUUUUUAAAGUUUUGGGUUACAUUUGCAAAGCUGAAAAAUGAAUUGUUUAGCCCAAAAGCAUAGAAAUGGAAGUACUCCCCAGCUCAAGAAUUUUAGCCUAACGUGUGUUUCCCUUCUCAAAUCUAUACAAUUCCAAGUCUUAGACACGAUAAGGGUUUGUUACAGUUUACUAGUUCAGUCUGCAGUACUUUGAGUAUUCUGAAUUCCAUUCCUGUUAACACAUACAACUAGAGGGGGUUCCAAGUAUUUGGGUAAAUUGGUAUUAACAUACACAUUUAUUCUUCUGGUCUCCGCAGAGCAUGUUUCUCUAUUUACAGGCACUCUGUUUUAAUACAGUUGUGUGAAACUUGUUUCUUCCUUGUUCCUUUGUUUUUAAUUAGUGCAAUAUAAAAACGACAACAUCUAGCUUAGUUUUUAAAUUGCUUCACUGGUGUAGGAAUGCAUAUUUAUUUAUGCUUCAUAUUUCAUUGUCACUUGUCAGAAAAAAAAGUAAUGUUUACAUUAAACACAAUAUCAAAGAGCUAGAUUUAGACCUUAUAAAUCGUGCUUGGCUUUCAUAUGGUCACCCUUGUUGAUUUUGUGAAGAUGUUCCACUUUUUAUCUGUGUUUUUAAUUUAAAAUGUUCUUGAAACAGUAUUUUUGCACAGUAGUGAAAAAUCUGCAUACUGAUUUGUCUCGAUGUAGCAGCACAGUAGACACUUGUUUUUUGUAGUCUUGUGGUCGUCCGUAACCGAACAGACAGGUUGACUUUGUCUAUUCUAUUGUGAGAUAGUGAACAGCAUGUGUGUAUCAUGUAUUGUACAGUGGGGUGCUGCAGUUUUCAAAAGAUGUAACAGACAAUCUGUCUUCCUUUUAAUGUGUAUAAAUGUGGUCAAUAAAUCAAAACUAAGAAAAUUAA